CUUGUCUCCUCUUGACUUCUCUUGUCUUCAUAUGUACAGAGACUUGAGAUCAUGUAUGUUGUGAUGUGACGUCAUACAAAUGCAAUCUGAUUUGUUUUGAUUUGAAUCCUCUGCUGCGCAUAUCUGCGCAUGUCCGCGCAGCUUUGUUGCUCUUGAGCACGUCUUCGAAAGGUAUUGUGGGAGGGAGAAGAUGGCGGGACGACCAAAGUUCCGCUGACGGGUUGAAGUCAUGGACAUGGUUCAGGAAUGAACCGCGGUUGCGGACACACGGUGUGUCGGUCCGGUGAAAUGGACUCAGCGGCCGAACUGAGACUGAAUCGGCUGAGCAGGAAGUACCGACAGAGCCAGACGGCGGCGGCGGCGGAGACCGGUUCUCCUCGGAACCACGACUCAGACUUUAAGACUCCGACCAGAAUGUUUGGAUCCACAACAGCUGCUGCUUUCAGCGCAGAGUCUCCUCACAACGACUCAGACGUCCAGCAGGACAUCAUCUGGGAUGCCACGUCUCCUUCACCAAACAGACUCAGAGGUAAAAGAGGAAGAAAACAUGCGACCGGAUUUGUGAACAUCUCGGAGAUCGUCAACAGGAUCGCUCCAAAGCACGGCCGACCACAGGUGAUGGAGCCCACGUUACAGCAAUGGAUCGGAGACAGCGCCACCAUCCCCUGCACUCCAGACAUUCACGUCCCCAAACCCAAGAAGAAAUCCCCGAGAGCGACCGGAGUGGACGACCUGUUAAAACUGGCCAAACAGUUUGACUUCACCAUGUUCCAUCAGGAAGAGGACGAAGUAGAGGCCAUCCACCAGCAGAGUCUGGAGCUUCUGUCUGAGGACAUCCUGGACUUUGAGGACCCCAAGGACGUUUCUGUGGACGCAGCGGCUGAGACGGACGCUCGCCAUCUUCAUCUGGAUCAACACAUGGAUAAUGACUUUGACGUUCUCUUCGAUGAACCGACACAACGUGUCAGUGGAAACUUGAGUCCGCCGGCGUCUGCUCAGGUGUCGCAGGUCAAAGCCGCUCCUGCUGUAGCUCCCUCUGCUGGUGGUUCCACGAAAGGCAGCACGGACACGUUUGUUGAUGACUGGGAAAGUGACGAGCUGCUAAAUGACUCUCUGGUGUUGGACAUGACACAGAAUCCACAGAAGUUCUCCGCCCCCAAGUUCUGCUCCACCCAGAGACUGUCCAGUGACACUCCCACCAGAGGGGGCACUGUCCACACCCAAUUGGCCAUUUCCAAAGCGGAAAAGACAAACAUGUGUCAAAGAGCAACUUUCAGACUAGAGUCAAGUCCUCACCUGUCAGAGAGGAGAACUCACUGUGGCUCAAAAACAGGUGCCGACGCUGAGCAGAGCAGGUUUUUGUACGACGCUGGAUCCCAGCAGCACCAGCAGACGUCAAACGCAGAGAAGUCCAAGGUUUCCAAAACAUCUGUCUCUGACACACAGGACACAGGAGACCUGGACGUCUUCUUUUCAUCGGAGCCUUUGUGGGACGACUCAGCUGACGACGAGCUGCUGUGUGAGGUGUGCGACGACAUGGAGAACCAGAUCCAGAACAAUAAAUGUGCUGAACAGACUCAGAGGACAGCUGUACAGUCAGCCAAUAAGCAGCCUUUACCUCAUAAAGACACACCCACACGUCUCCUCGCAGCUCCGGGUAGACCUGCCUCAACCGUCACUGCAGGUGAACGAGUGAACACAGUGAUAGAAAGUCUGCGACGAGGAGGUGGAGCUAUGUCAGCUGCUGCUGCUGCAGCGCCACCACCAGCACCACUGAGGAACACCAGCAAAGAGGAGUUCACCUUCAAGAAGCCCAGCAACCGGAACCAUUUGACCAACCCAGGGAUGGAUUCAAUUAACGACACACAAGCAGAAAUUUUGUGGCGAGGAGGUGGAGUCCUAUCACCUGCUGCUGCAGCACCACCACCAGCACCACUGAGGAACAACAACAAAGAGCAGUUCAUCUUCAAGAAGCCCAGCAACAAAGUUGUGGGAAAAUGUUCGGCCGCGGAGAUUGAGCUGAAGAAGCAGCAGGCGAUGGAGCGGCGACAACGGCGACUUCAGGCUGCUGCCCACAAACUCACCUGACCCAUCUGAGGGUGGAGCCUCACAGGAAGUGACCACCGUAAGCUCUGUUUGCACUGACGAAAAUAAUCUGGACAUGAUUUCUCUUUCAAAUUGUUUUAAAAUUAAACUUUCUUCACUUUUA